AUGCUGUUCGUUCCUCUCGUCACCUCUGCCCUCGCCCUCCUCGGCCCCGCCGCUGGCGCUCCUCUCGACGCCAACACGGUCGCUCAAGCCGAGCCCCACUCCGACGAGACUUCUGUGAACGCCGACGUAACCCUGCUCCCUCGCAAGGAAUCUCCCACUCUGCAGGCCUUUUUGGACCGCAUCUCAGACGACCCCCUCGACAACGACGAAGCCUACGUCACCAAGGUCAUGGAGGCGUGCCAAGACCGCUGGCGCAACCACAAUAUCUUCAUUUUCCACCGCAGCCGCGGCUUCACGUGGGCGGUCGAGGACCCCGAUCGCGCCCUGGAAGCCACCGCUACCCACAACUAUCUCUUCAACGAGGAGCGCUUUGGCGUUGUUGUUUUCAAGACUGCGGGGUGGUUGCAGAAGUCUGGCGAUGGCGGUUAUGGGAAUUGGCGCGUGUCGGGGAACUUCAACAGGGACGACGACUCGCUGUUCACCUUCGGUCCUGUCAAAUGA